UACGAAAUUUCCAAUGAAAGAAUAAAUAAGAAAAACAAAGUCCAAAAAGCAAAGUGCCUAAAGUUGUGUACAGCAGGGGAAAAGAGAAAGAACACAGAAAGCUCCCAUAACCAAACAAGGAAAACCAGGGGAAAACUUUCUUGGGGGAAAAUGAUCCUCCAAAAUUCCCGAUGAAAUAACAAUCAAGAAGAUCAAGAAUCACAAAACCCAGUAUUAUAACUGAGAUUUUUCCAGACACAGACAAAGAAAUCCAAGUAUUGGGAAGAUGAUAUCAUCCUUUGCGUCACAGUCUUCUUCUUCUUCUUCUUCGCCUUCUCCGGCGUCAUCAGUUGCGGUUCGAGUGGAGAAGGCCACAAGCGAGCUCCUGAUGGGCCCCGAUUGGACUCUGAAUAUUGAUAUCUGUGAUACCAUCAAUUCCAACCAUUGGUUAGCCAAAGAUGUUGUGAAAACUUUGAAGAAAAGGUUGCAGCACAAGAGUCCUCAAGUGCAGUUACUUUCUUUGACGCUUCUGGAAACAGUGGUGAAAAACUGUGGUGAUAACGUGCACUUUCAAAUUGCAGAGAGAAAUAUACUGCAAGAUAUGGUCAAAAUUGUAAAGAAGAAGACUGAUAUGCAUGUGAGGGAUAAAAUCCUGGCUCUGCUAGACUCUUGGCAACAGGCAUUUGGUGGCCCCGGAGGAAAAUACACUCAAUACUAUUGGGCUUACGAUGAACUGAGACGUUAUGGUGUACAAUUUCCCCAGCGUGCUAAUGAUGCGGCUCCAAUUUUCACUCCACCUAGACAGCAUCAACCAGGUUAUGGAAUGCCAAGCAAUUCUUCAAGAAGACUUGAUGAAGCCAUGGCUGCUGAGAUGGAAGACUUAAGUUUGUCGACCAUUAGUUCAAUGGGAGAUGUUCUUCAUCUCUUAGCUGACAUGCUGCAAGCUGUGAAUCCCAACGAUCAUACAGGUGUGAAAGAUGAAGUUAUAGUUGAUCUUGUAGACCGUUGCCGUGCCAAUCAAAAGAAACUUAUGCAGAUGUUAGCCACGACCCGGGAUGAAAAGCUUCUAGCAGAGGGUCUUGAAUUGAACGAUAGUCUGCAAAGUGUGCUUGCGAAACACGAUGCCAUCGCUUCUGGUGCCGUAUUUCCAAACUCAGUCCCUGCCAUUGAUGAGCGAUCAUCUGAGACGCGGGACCCUGCCCUAAAUAUAGCUGAAGAAGGGCCUAAUGAUACAGCAGCAGGGGAUGCCAACCCUCCAAAACCCAUAGUAGAUGAAGAAGAGGAAGAUGAAGAUGACGACUUUGCUCCGUUGGCUAGAAGGCAUUCCAAAAUGCAGCCUCAGAUGAAGAAGGAUGGGGGUUGUUCAGACAGUUCCUUCUCUGGUUCGGCGGCCAUGAACAGUGCCUUGGUUCCUUGUGACCCACCAGCGCCAAUCAAGACCCAAGGCGAGGAUAUGAUUCAAGAGCUCUUGGGGGGAUUAACAUUGGCGACAACUGUGUCUUUUCUGCCGCCUCAUACCCCAACACAAGACCACACAAACCAGACGCCGCCGACGCCGCCUCUUUCUCCUCCUCCCAUUACCACCACCAAUCAACACGGCCACCACCAGACUUCUUUCAACAACUAUGUAGCUCCCUGGGCUAGGGUGUCGCCCCCUCCGUCCGAACCUCAUCCACCCCCACAAGUACAAUCUCAUCACUUCAACAAUCUCCCACACUACCCCCCUCCGCCUUGGGCUGCAACACCCGGUUAUUCCAUCACCAAUCCCCCAAACCAUUCACCACCCGUCACUGCAAAUGGUGGAAGCAAUCCAUCUAUGACUGGAACUGGUGCAAGGACCAGUGCUGGACCUGGCAUAUCAUCAUCAAUCCCCACUGCAGCUAAUGCACACAGAACAUUUGUUCCAUCAUAUAGGUUGUUUGAAGAUCUCAAUGUUUUUGGUAAUGAAGACGGGAAACUGAAGACGACAGCCAACGCAUCUGGAGGCAUGUCUGGAAAGCAAACAUAGUUCAAUUCCUUGGGAAAACAUUGGUUUGAUUUUUGGAGUCUCUUGUGAUUAUGAUUCCCAAUAUCUGCAGUGUUAUGGUUUUUCGUUUGAGUGCAUAAAAAUGGUCUGUCAAUAGAAGAUUUUCACACUGUAAACUAAUUGCGUGCAAAUAUCAGUGCUACAUCUUAAAUCAAAUGUUCAAGUUUUA